AUGAAUGAUAAUGGUAGUGCCACAAUAAAUGGUGAUGAUGAUAAUGAUAGUAUUACAACAUCACUAUUUAAUACAAGAAAAUUUCCAAGCAUGUUCAAUCGUACAACAUCAUCGAAUCCAUUUGAAAUGUUUGAAAUGUUAACUAAAGCUGUAUUUGAAAAAUUUUUUAAUGACGAUUUUUUUUGGAAUCAUUUUGCUAGUGGUCCAAGUCAUAUGGAUAGUGGAUUUCAUUUUCCAAAUUUAAAUGAAACACGUCAAAAUCCUAGUCGUUUACGUACUUCAUCACAACGACGUCCAUUAUCACCUGCUGCACAUCGAACAAAAAUACAUGUUGGAACAAAUUUAAAUAAUAAUGGAUCAAAACCGAAUGAUACGCAUUUUGAAUGGUUAGAAAAUAGUAAAAAACGUCGUCAAACACCACCACAAUCAUCGUUUACUCGAUUUGAUUCAGAUGAGGAAAAUGAGGAUAAUAAAAAUACACAAGAGUAUAGAUUUAAAAAACAACAAACUCAACCAUCGAGCUUUCCUACACGAUUAAGACGACGAACAAUGGCUGAUCAUCGUAUUGAAUCGUGUCAAUAUUGUUUUCGUCCAUUAGCAUCGUCCGAAAAUCUUUUACAACAUGAAGCACACUGUAAAUUAAAUCGAAAAUAUCCAUCGUCAAUGUAUACAAUGAGAAAUGCUAAUAAUAAUUCGAAGACAAGUAAAAAUGAUGAAAAUAUAUUUACGUCAUCAUCUCAUGUAAAAUGUAAUUAUUGUCAUGAAUAUAUUUGUUUAUCAGAUAAAUUUGAUCAUGAAACAUUAUGCCGACGUUUUGGACCGAAAAACAGUUCAACAUAUACCACAACAGCAAAAGAUCGAAAAUAUAAUACAACUACAUCACCUUCUCCAUCAACAAAAUCAUCAACAUUAAACGGUAAUAAUAAUUAUAAAUAA